CAAAUUAAUAUAAUAUGGAGCAUAUUCUUGUCAAACUAAAUAAUCAUUCAAGACCAGUCAAAAACACAAUAAAAAAGCUGGUUAAAUUAAGAACCUUCAAACGCUCAACUACAUCUCUUCCAUUCCGUCAGCUCAGAAGCCUUAACAAAUUAGCAGAAAUUAAUGAGUGACAAGGGAGAGAAAAUGAAUUACCAAAGGAACAGGAGCGACAUGUAAAAUCAAUCGAUACCCGGUCUAUGAGCCCAUUCUCACAAAUCAAGCAUGAUGUUGAAAAGUUUAGGAUGACCUUCAGCUCGAAAUGAGAUGGAUUUCUGAGAAAUGGCAAGCAACCUGCCAAAGUACAGUUUGGACCGGACUCUCAGGGGCCUGCUCAGAAGGCUAAAAAGGAUCGCAAUAUAAGUCGGAAUGAUAGUCGUGUCAAUUCACCAGCCACCAGAGGGCUGGUAAAGCACUUAAAGAAGAAAGUUUCAAAAGUAUCGAAAUUUCAACACUCCAUGGUUACCCCACCCUCUUGAGAUCUCUAUGAAGACCAGCUCGAUGAAAUCCCAGAAGACGGCUUCCCAAGAAAUGAUUCUAACUCAAAGUCACUUAAAAGAUUUCCAAAUAUUACUACUCAAAAUCGGAAGACUAAGUUUCAAUUAAAACCAGUCUUCGAAAAAGACCGUAACUCACUAGAUUUACGAAGGGAGCUACUUUCUGUAACAGUAAAACUAAAGAAGAUGUCUGAGGUUCAAAAUAUCUUAAUCCAACGCUCUUCAGAAGUCAAGAACAAAGAUUUAUAUUUCUCUCCAAGGACAACUAAGACUUCACUGAUUUCCCAAAUUAAGAGUUCUAAAAUGAGUAGGUUCAGUAACGCCCGGACUAACUACUCAUCUAUAAUUUCUACCAAGAAGGGAAUUUGAAAAUCCCCAAAUCCAAGGUCCUUCAUGUCUCUAAAUCCUAUCAGUUGUAACUUUACCAGCCACAGAAAGGAACUGUCUCAGUUAGAAGAGGUAUUCUCAACCCCAAAAGAAUACUAUGGAGGCUCUAGACAGCCCCAAAAGUUCCUAAGUCCAGACAACAUUCGCUUAAAGAGAUACCUAAACCAGAAGAAUGAACAGAAUACUCGGGGAAGACUCAAGAAGAUGUUCCAAGUCGGUGCCAAAAGACCUAGAAAUUUCAAGAACCGGAGAAGAAUGCGUAUCUAA